AUGGGUAUCAAGCAGCUCUUCCAGAUCAUCAAGGAGGAAGCUCCCGAGGCGAUCAAGGAGGGGGAGAUCAAAAACCAUUUUGGUCGAAAAGUAGCCAUUGAUGCCUCAAUGAGCAUAUACAGUUUCCUCAUUGCCGUGCGCUCCGAUGGACAACAGCUCAUGAAUGACAGCGGCGAGACGACAUCUCACCUCAUGGGAAUGUUUUACCGCACAUUACGAAUGGUCGACAACGGCAUCAAGCCGCUCUACGUGUUCGACGGCGCCCCCCCGAAGCUCAAGUCUGGCGAGUUGGCGAAGCGGUUCCAGCGCAAGCAGGAAGCUACAGAAGGCUUGGAGGAAGCCAAGGAGACGGGCACGGCCGAGGAUGUAGAAAAGUUUUCGAGGCGAACUGUGCGCGUGACGAGAGAGCACAAUGCCGAAUGCCAGCGGCUUUUGAAGCUCAUGGGUGUUCCCUUCAUCAUUGCGCCCACGGAAGCCGAGGCGCAAUGUGCGGUUCUGGCGAGGGCCGGCAAAGUAUAUGCUGCAGCCAGCGAAGACAUGGAUACUUUGUGCUUCAAUACCCCUAUUUUGCUCAGGCAUCUCACUUUCAGUGAGCAGCGGAAGGAGCCCAUUCAGGAAAUCCAUCUCGACAAGGUCCUGGAGGGUUUGAACAUGGAGAGAUCCCAGUUUGUCGACUUGUGCAUUCUCCUCGGCUGCGACUACCUUGACCCGGUUCCGAAAAUCGGCCCCACGACAGCUUUGAAGCUCAUUCGCGAGCACGGAACGCUUGAGAAGGUGGUGGACGCUAUUGAGAGAGACUCGAAGAAGAAGUACACGCUGCCAGAAGACUGGCCCUACAAGGAUGCACGGGACUUGUUCUUUGAACCCGACGUCCGCAAAGCAGAUGAUCCACUGUGUGAUUUCAAGUGGGACAAACCCGAUGUCGACGGACUCGUUGCAUUCCUUGUCACGGAAAAGGGGUUUUCCGAGGACAGAGUACGUGGUGCGGCUGCUCGCUUGGAAAAGAAUCUCAAGACAUCACAACAAGCACGACUGGAGGGUUUUUUUAAACCGAUUCCGAAGACGGAUGAGGAAAAGGCUGCUCACAAGAGGAAACUGGACGAGAAGCAUGAGGAGAAAAAGAAGAAGCUGAAGCAGGACAAGAAGGACAAGGCUGCUCAAAAAGCGAAGCCUCGAGGAACGGCGUAG